AACAUAACUAAUUAACUAUUCAGAAAAAACCAAAAAACACUCACUUUUUUUUUUCUCUCGCAAACACUAAAAACCUCAUAGUGUCGACAUGGGUUACUGCCAAGACGACCAGCUAGUGAACACGAUCUGCGAUCUGUACGAAAAGAUCUCGAAGCUUGAGUCCCUAAAACCUAGUGAAGAUGUCGACACUCUUUUCAAGCAGCUCGUGUCCACAUGCAUACCACCAAACCAUAACAUCGACGUCACCAAGAUGUCUGAAAGCAUCCAAGAAAUGAGAUCAAGCCUCAUCAAACUCUGUGGAGAAGCAGAAGGUCACUUAGAACAUCACUUUUCUUCAGUCUUAACCUCUUUUGAAGACAACCCACUUCACCAUUUGAACCUUUUCCCUUACUACAACAACUAUCUCAAACUUAGCAAGCUCGAAUACGAUCUCCUCGAACAGAACCUGAACGGAUCUGUUCCAAAGACUGUAGCUUUCGUUGGCUCUGGUCCUCUCCCUCUCACCUCCAUCGUUCUUGCGUCUUUCCAUCUCAAAGACUCAAUCUUUCACAACUUUGACGUCGACCCAUCAGCGAAUUCUGUUGCAGCUCGUCUUGUUUCCUCUGAUCCUGAUCUCUCUCAACGAAUGUUCUUCCACACCGUUGAUGUAAUGGAUGUGACAGAGAGCUUGAAGGGCUUCGACGUUGUGUUCUUGGCUGCUCUUGUCGGUAUGGAUAAACAGGAGAAGAUUAAAGUGAUCGAGCAUCUUGAGAAACACAUGUCUCCUGGUGCUUUGCUCAUGUUGAGAAGCGCUCAUGGUCCUAGAGCCUUUCUAUAUCCCAUCGUUGAGCCUUGUGAUCUCCAAGGUUUCCAAGUGUUAUCCGUUUAUCACCCCACCGAUGAAGUUAUCAACUCUGUUGUCGUCUCAAGGAAGCUCGGUGGAGGAGAUGGUGUUGUUCAUGAUGACAUGGAUCAUCAAGAUUCUGGUUUCGCUUGCAACUGUUCCAAGAUCCAUGCGAUUAUGAACAAGAAGAAGAGCAUAAUUGAGGAGUUCGCAGGCGCUGCUAUUGAAGAACAGCCUACUUAGAAAUACUUAGAAAAAUGCUGUUUUAUUUUUCUUGAAAUCUAUCUAUGAUGUUUUUUCUUACUGAGAUGUUGCAUGUUCUUGAUACAGUACUGUUCUUGUCUUUUAUCUUUUUCAUUGUUCUGUUUCUUAGCAUCUGAUUUGUGAUUUGACAAUGACUACUUUUUGU